GGCAGUAGCGACGCCGCCGUCAGCGUCAUCACUCACACGGACACGCAUAGGCACGCAUACCUUUUUAGCACUUACAGUUAUUGGCUAGUGCAUUUAUUGCAACUGCAUAAUUGCUCGAGUUUGCCGCACAUGCAUCCGGCGCUUGAGAAUUUAGUUCUCACUCGGCGUUUGGCUCAAACAGAAUGUUUGCAGAUUUUUAGAGCAUUUCAUUUUUUCUUUACCGUAGAAUUUAUACCGUCACGAAUAAGUGCAGCGUGUGUUGUUUUAGUUGUGUCACAGCAUAAUUAAAUAAAAUAAAAUAAAAUGAAUUGUUUAUAAACACAAGUGUAGCGAAAAAUUAUGUCACCGUGUUACGAACGAAAGUAACAGUGGCACGCUUAGUUUGGCACAUGCCAACACAUGUGAAUACCAGUGAUGAAGACCGCACAUGCCAUAUGUACAUAUGUACAUGCGUGUAUUUUGCUUGCCCCUUAAAUGAGUGAAAAUCGUCAAACGAAUUUUCUCAUAGUUUUGAUUUUUUUUGGUUUUGUUUUUGUUUUCGAUUUUUUUUUUUGUAUUGAAGUUGCCGUGAAAACUAUGAACUCAGCUAGAUUUUUACAACUGCAGCAGUUUGCGUGAAUGCGCCCAUGUGUGCAUGCGUGUGCAUGUGUUUGUGUAUAUCGCUGCGCUUUGCGGAAAUCAACGACUUAUCACCUUUUUAACGGCCGUAAAAGCCGUGCAGCAAUUCGAUUUCCACGCUGACAGUUGGUGGAAAACCAAAGAACGUAUCGUGCGCCUUUUGUAACGGUAGCAAAAUCUGAAUUCUUAUAAACUGCUCCUUCGUUGAACUUCCGGCGAAGUUUAUGUGCAAACGUGUGUGUGAAAAUGGACGAAGUCAAUGAAUAUGGCGAGGACGUGGAAACAUUGUGCAACUAUGUGUCUUUAAGAAAAGUGAUACCAUUUAAUGUUAAAUAUUGGCGUUGCUCGGCUGGCAGUGGUCUAGGAGACAAUUACAUGUCCGUAGUUAAACGUAUAGAAGUGAGCACGCAUGAAUUUGACGGCGGCGUGACGGAGCGUAAAGGUUCACAGUAUUUUAGUUUCAUAGUUAAAAGACAAAUUUUAAGUAAAUCGCGCCGUCUUCUAUUUCGUUGCGAUGAAGCAUUUUACAAUGAAAUAAAUGCCUAUACACAUGUGAUACCAGCGCUAGAAAAAUAUUUCAUCAACGGAGACACAGUAUUUCCACAAUGCUAUUAUGCCGGCACGGAUAAGAAGGGCGAACUGAUAGCGUUGGAGGAUUUGAAGCGGCUCGGCUAUCGCAUGCCAAAUCGUUUGGUGCCGUUCGAUCUUUAUCAUUGUGAAAUAGUGAUGAAGGAACUCGCCAAGUUACAUGCUACUUCUAUAGCGGCUAAACAUUUGGACGAUAGCAAUUUUCGUGAGCGCUAUAGCAAAGUUAAUGAAAUUGUGUAUUGUGACGAGGCGGAAAGCUUUUAUGGGAAUUUACUCACGUCCUCAAUAGAGGAAUCAUUGAAGAGUUUACGCGAAUCCAACGUUGAUGGCAGCCUUUCCGAUUCAAUUUAUGUGAUAGAGCAACUAAAAGCUGAAUUGUAUCAGAAAAUUAUGUAUAGUAUUAAAAAUGCCAGCGAUUGUGUUAGCGUAAUGUGUCAUGGUGAUUUGUAUGUCAACAACAUAAUGUUUAAAACCAACAUGGAGGAUGACAGCGCAAGCCAAGCACCGAAAGCGGUGAAAUUCUUCGAUCUACAGGCAAUGCGUUACACAUCGUUUAUUUUCGAUAUCCUGCAUUUUAUGUUCACCAGCACAAAACGUGAACUUCGUGAUGCGCAUACGAAUCGUUUGCUGGAAACCUACCGAGACGCUCUACAUACGCGUUUGGAACAACUUUUAGUUUCAAAUGAGCAUUUAGCAUCAGUACGAAAGACAUUUUCAUUAGAAAAUAUUACUAAAGAAUUCACUGCACAUGUUUUGUACGGCUUAGCUGUAUCCAUGUGGGUAUUGCCUGCAGUUACAUUUGAUCCUAAUAAUAUACCAAAUUUAGAUGCUAUCAGUGAAGCGGUACCAAAUGCCAACGAAAUUAAAGUUACACAAAAAUUAACCGAGGAGUAUCAUUCCAGAAUAAAGGAUCUGGCGUUAGAGUUUCAUCAAAACGGCUACUUUGGUACUUGGUUAGGGAAAUAGUUCAAUGCACACAUGCGUAUACCUAUAUGCAUUUAGUAAAAUUUAGCAACAAUUGUUUACUUUUAGUAGAACAAAGACAUGUGAUUAGCGUUAGACCUUGGUUCUGAAAGCUAUUACCAAAAUGACUAAAAUACAAAUAUAUAUUUUUUUAAAUAUACUGUGUAUAUAUAAAAA